AUGGUAGUUACAGGCUUCAUCCACCAUAAGCCAUCAUUAAACAAGCUCAUUGCCCUUGUCCUCUCAAUGGGCUCGCUUGGAGUUGGCUAUGCUUAUUCAGUUUUUGCUCACACUAGAGAGUUGGAUAUACUUACUUGGAAUACCAUGUUGAGAGGCUUUGUGAAUUCCAAUAUGCCGAGAAGGGCACUCCAAAGUUAUACUGAGAUGCUCGAGCAGUCGAGGAAUGUUCCUGAUAGAUUCACAUUUCCUUCUCUUCUAAAGGGUUGCGCACUUUCAUUGGAAUUCAAAGUUGGGAAGAUUCUACAUGGCCAAGUUGUCAAGUAUAUGCUUCAUUCGGACCUAUACAUAGAAACCACAUUGUUAAAUAUGUAUGCAGCCUGUGGAGAUUUAAGAUCUGCGAGGCUCCUGUUUGAGAGAAUGGGUCAUAGAAACAAAGUGGUGUGGACUUCGAUGAUUAGUGGUUAUACGAAAAAUCAUUGUCCUAAUGAGGCUUUGCUACUGUAUGAGAAGAUGGAGGAAGAUGGGUUUAGCCCUGAUGAAGUUACCAUGGCGACACUUGUAUCAGCUUGUGCUGAAUUAAAAGAUUUGGGUGUUGGAAUGAAGCUGCAUUCUCACAUUCGGGAGAUGGAUAUGAAGAUUUGUGCUGUGCUAGGAAGUGCUUUGGUUAACAUGUAUGCUAAAUGUGGGGAUCUAAAAACUGCAAGGCAAGUGUUUGAUCAUUUGUCUGAUAAAGACGUAUAUGCUUGGUCGGCAUUGAUUUUUGGUUAUGUCAAGAACAAUAGAAGCACAGAGGCGUUACAGUUAUUUAGAGAAAUGGCUGAAGGCUCAAAUAUGCGUCCCAAUGAAGUUACGAUUCUAGCCGUCAUUUCGGCCUGUGCUCAACUCGGUGACUUGGAAACAGGGAGAUGGGUUCAUGACUACAUUACCAGGACUCAGCAGGAUCAUUCUGUCAGUUUGAACAACUCGUUGAUUGACAUGUUUUCAAAGUGUGGAGACAUAGAUGCUGCUAAAAGAAUCUUUGAUAGCAUGUCGUACAGAGAUUUGAUCUCUUGGAAUUCUAUGGUGAAUGGUCUAGCUCUACACGGCCUUGGCAGGGAGGCUCUAGCUCAGUUCCAUCUAAUGCAGACGACAGACUUACAUCCAGAUGAAAUAACUUUCAUUGGGGUACUGACUGCCUGCAGCCACGCAGGGUUAGUUCAAGAGGGGAAGAAGCUAUUCUAUGAAAUAGAAGCAUUAUAUGGAAUCAGACUUAAGUUGGAGCAUUAUGGGUGCAUGGUAGAUCUUUUAUGUAGAGCAGGACUUCUGGCAGAAGCUCGGGAAUUUAUCCGGGUAAUGCCUUUACAGCCAAAUGGUGCAAUAUGGGGCUCUAUGCUUGGCGCUUGCAGAGUAUAUAACAAUCUUGAGCUAGGAGAGGAGGCUGCGAGAUGCCUGCUAAAACUCGAACCAACAAAUGACGGAGUCUACAUUUUGCUCUCUAACAUUUAUGCAAGAAGGAAAAUGUGGAAUGAAGUGAAAAAGGUAAGAGAAUUAAUGAAUGAGAAAGGAAUUCAGAAAACACCUGGUUGCAGUUCAGUUGUUAUCGACAACAUCGCCCAUUCAUUUCUGGCUGGAGAUUGUUCUCACCCAGAAACAGCUGAAAUAUUUAUAAUGCUUCGACAGGUUAAAGAGAAACUGAAGCUGGCAGGUUAUGUUGCAGAUACCUCAGAAGUAUUACUCAACAUUGAUGAUAAUAAGAAGGAAGAGUCAGUUUCUCAACAUAGUGAAAAACUAGCUUUAUGUUACGGCUUAUUGAAAUCAAAGAUAGGUGGAAGAAUUGUUAUCCUGAAGAACCUCAGGGUCUGCUCAGACUGUCAUACUUUAAUAAAACUAGUCUCAAAGAUUUACCAAAGGCAGAUUACGUUAAGAGAUCGAAACCGUUUCCACCACUUCAAAGAUGGUUCCUGUUCUUGCAGAGAUUACUGGUGA